AAGCUUGGCAGUUUCCUGUCGCGCAUGCGCACUGCGUGUCGUCCGCGUAAGCUCAGGCUACUUAUGGCUGAUGACUUCACAGUCCUGAUCUUGUUUUUUCACGUAAUUUAAUUCACUUUCUAUUAUGAGUAGGCAGCUUUGGAAAGAUUUUUUGAUUGCUUAUAUGUCCAUGCCUUGUUUGUGGAAAGUUAGGUCCCCAGACUACAACAACAGAGUCAAGAAAAACCAGUGCUAUGCUAUAUUGGCAAAUAUGUGUCGCGAAUUCGAACCGACAGCAGACAGAGCUUUCGUACAAAGAAAGAUAAAUUCGUUUCGUACAACAUUUCGUAAGGAACACAGAAAAGUAACUGAAAGCAAAAUGUGUGCUACCGGAACAGCUGACGUACACAAGCCAACUUUGUGGUACUAUGACAUAUUGUUACCGACAGUUCUGCAAGGUUCCCCACGGUCCAUCCAGUCAACACUGGAAGAAGUCGAGUUGGCACAAGAUGACAUUAGUAAUUUCGAAGAUAGUGAAGCAGAUGCAGAGGCAUCCUCACUUCUUGAGGGAGAGGGGGGGCAUUAUCAAGAGUUUAAGCAGUUCAAAGAUGCCGGAAAUGAGUCGGAGGCCACUGCUUCUAUGCGUGGAAUUGCAGAUAAUGGUGUGGUAUCUUCAGUGUCUGCUCCACCUGCCCUUUCUUUGCGCACUGUGCUACCUACGGUAUGCACUAAGAGAAUGUGGCAAGAAUCAAAAAAUGAUGAGCUACAGAAGGUAGCAUGCGAGCAGCAGUCAUCACCCUUAAUGGAAAACGAUGAAUUUUACCACUUUGGAAUGAGCAUUGCUCUUAAAAUGCGUAAAAUGUCCAAUAUGAAUAAUAUGCAAUGUAUUAUUGCAGAAAAACUUAUCUCAGAGGUAAUAUUUCAUGGACAUAUGCAGGAUCUCACGUAUGACACAGUUAUUAAAAUUCCUGGGAAACACGUAAAUUGACAUGGGUAUGCAGCAAUAUGAUGACUGAAUUUGCAGUCGUGUACACCAUGUUGUGAGCACUUUGAAGAAAUCUUUACACAUGGAAUUAUAUUUUAAAUAAAUAUUUUAUAACAAUGUA